AUGUCGUCCGCAACAGGGGAAGCGGGCAGCAUUCAGAAGGGCGACCGAGUGGUGACGACGGGCUGUCAUCCGCUGGAAAUCGAAGCCAGCGAGCGAAGUAGUGGGGAGGCCGGCACGCGAUAUGACCAUAGCGAUAUGAAUCGCAUGGGCAAAGCACAGGAAUUCAAGAGAAAUCUCCGACCUCUAGCUGCCCUGAGUUUCGCUUCGGUCUUGCAGGCCACCUGGGAGUUUAUUCUAAUAUCCAACUAUGAAGGUCUCGAAGAUGGUGGAAUGGCUGGUUUGGUGUGGACAUACGUGUGGACCUUUGUCGGAUUCGGCUUCAUCAUCGUCUCAUUAUCGGAGAUGGCGUCCAUGGCUCCAACAUCAGGAGGCCAGUACCACUGGGUGUCCGAAUUCGCUUCUCCACGAUACCAAAAGUUCCUCAGCUACAUCACCGGAUGGAUGUCCGUUCUCGCAUGGCAAGCCGGCGCCGCAUCAGGGUCCUUCCUGACUGGCACAAUCAUCCAAGGGCUCAUCAGCGUGCGCAACCCCGAUUACGAUCCCAAACGAUGGCAAGGCACCCUUUUCGUCUUCGCCAUGAUCCUGAUCAUCUACUUCUUCAACGUCUACGCCGCCAGCUGGAUGCCCCGCAUACAAAACGCCCUAUUAGCCCUCCACACCAUCUGCUGGGUAGUGGUGAUCGUCGUCCUCUGGGCCAUGGCACCCCGUCAGUCCGCGAAAGCCGUCUUCACCGAAUUCAGCCUCUACGGCGGCUGGAACAACGUCGGACUAGCACUUAUGAUCGGGCAAAUAUCCGCCAUCUACGGAUCCCUCAGCUCAGACGCCACGGCACACAUGUCCGAAGAAGUCCGCGACGCCGGCCGAUACGUCCCCAUGGCCAUCUGCGGCGGCUACUUCAGCAACGGAAUCCUAGCCCUCGUACUCAUCAUCACCCUCAUGUUCGCAAUGCCCUCGGUCAAAGAUGCCCUAGACGACCCGACCGGAUUCCCCUUCAUCUACGUCUUCAAACAGGCCGUCUCCACCGCCGGCGUCAAUGGCCUCACCGCGAUAAUCCUCAUCCCCGUCAUCUUCAGCAACAUCCUCUUCAACGCCUCCACAGCCCGUCAGACCUACGCAUUCGCGCGCGACAGGGGCCUGCCCUUCUCAAACUGGAUCUCCAAAGUCAACCAGCACUACAAACUCCCCGUGAACGCCAUCGCCCUAUCAUGCAUCAUCAGCGGCCUUCUCUCUCUCAUCAACAUCGGCUCCGACACCGCCUUCAACGCCAUCAUCUCCCUAAACGUCGCAGCUCUCAUGUGGACCUACGCUAUCUCCAUCAGCUGCGUCAUGUAUCGCAAGAUCGUAUGUCCCGAGACGUUGCCCCCGAGACGGUGGAGUCUAGGGAAGCACGGGAUCUGGAUCAAUGCGGUAGCGUUGGUAUAUGUGAUCUUUGCGCUGUUCUGGUCUUUUUGGCCCACUGAGAUCCCUGUGACUUUGAAUAAUUUCAAUUGGAGCGUGGUGCUCUUCGUUGGGGUGUUUGUGAUUAGUUUGGCGAUGUAUGUUGUUCAAGGGAGGAGGGUGUAUAAGGGGCCUGUGGUGUAUGUUAAAAGGGAAUCAUUGUAG